UCAUCUUAGAAUCCGCCGGCGGGGAGGACAGAACUCCUGUGCCCGCUCCCGCCGCGUUGUGGAUCGAGCGGCGGUGUCGAGACCCAGCGGGGCGAGCCAGCGUCACUUCGGCCUCUUCACGCUCCCGGACGCUGCACCUGGGCUAAGUCGGCAACAUGAGCGGCAACAACUCGGAUGAGAACGACGACGAGUUUGUCGUCAGCAGAAAUAUGUUUCACCCUUGCACAUUUCAAAUGAAUGUUCAAGAAGCCGCAACUGAAAUGGAAUUUGAAGAACCUACAGAUGAAAAGAAGUUUGAAAAAACAGAAGAUGGGGGAGAACUUGGAGACGAUGCUUCUGAAAAAGAUGCUAAAGAAAGUGGCCCUGAAAAAGAGGCUGAAGAAGGCUGUCCCCAAAAGGAAUCUGAAGAGAGCUGCCUCGAAAGAGUGUUUGAGAAAGGCUGUUGCAAAAGGGCGCGUGAAGAAGACUUCCCCGACAGAGAGUCUGGAGAACGCAGCCCGGAGAAAGAGCAUGAAGAGGGUAGUCCUAAAAAAGAGUCGAAAGAGAAUGGUGCAGAAGGGGAGCCCAAAAAGAAGAGACUCAAAACAGAUCCUGAUGAGAACGGCCUUGAGAAAUAUUUUGAGGAAGAGAGUUCGGCGAAGGAACUUAAUGCAAACAUUCUUGAAAAAGAGGUAGAAGAAAAUAACUCUGAAAAAUCAUAUUUUGAAGGUGACAGCUCUGGGAAAAUGUUUGAUGAAGAAGGCUCUGAGAAGGGGUUUAACGAAGAGUCAGAUGAGAAGGAAGAAGAUUCCGAUGAGAGAGGGACUGUGGGUGAUUCAGGGAAUGUUAAGGAGGAAGGGCCCCUGUCCACAGGCAGCAACUUUGUCCUCCGUAGUGAUGAUGACGUUUAAUCCCUUAAACUUGCUUUGUAGGGUGAUUCCGCUUUGCCUUUAAUUUUUGCUCCAGGGUAAUUACUAGUAGUGUUACAUGAACGUGUGCAUAGAGGUAGGAUGCCCUCAGAUCAAUGCGGUGAAGUGUUCGUGAUUAUCUGUCCUGGCCGAUUUUAAAUAUAUGUGAACAAGACAACUGGAUUCUUGUCUUUUGUCAUAUUUGUUAAGUGCGUGCAGAAUAAUA